AUGCUUCUUCCCUCAACGGUGGAGGAUUUAAAAGUCGAAAAGAACAAAGAUAGUAGUGAAGCAUCGUAUCUAGCAAUAAGCUUGUUAUGGCGACUGUGUGUGCGCACUGGUAACUCCCGUCAUAUGCUUCCGAUAUUUAAGAUAAUCAUCAUCUUUGGCGCUUCCGUUACAGUGCUUCUGUAUUAUCUGUCAUUGGACUGGACAAUAUUUGUGGAAGAUCAAAGUUAUGGGGUUGCCGCUAUUCAAGGUCAACAGAUCCGUUAUGUAAUUGAAUCACGGCCUUGUCCUAAUAUGAAAAGAGAUUGCUACACUGUUUAUGAUGCUGUGGAUAUGUUUACUGGUGAUGUUAACCGUUUUCUGAUAGCGCGACAUGUUCGAAAGGAACAGGAAACUGUUGUCCGCCUCAUCCCACCUAUAGGUAUCAAGUCUAAACAGUCGGAUUCACGGUUCUGGAAAGUGAAUCAUACACAUAUCAGUAGACAUUAUGUAGCAGUUAUGUUAACUGUACCAUUUGGUGCUGCUGCGUUGGCACUCUCUAAUUACGCCAACCUGGCAGCGAAUAUUUUGAUAGUUGGUCUUGGUGGUGGCAGCAUGAAUAUGUUUUUGGCAAGUCAUUUUCCGAAGAUGGCGGUAACUGUUGUUGAACUGGACGAGGUUGUUACUGAUCUAACAUGGCGGUGGUUCGGAUUGGAAAAAAGGCAUGAAAAAAUUCGUAUCGUCACGAUGAAUGGCGUGAAAUUUAUUGAAGAAGCAGUAACUAAGAAAGCCCUCUUUGAUGUUGUUCUUAUUGAUGUAUGCGACGAAGUUGGCGAUGUAAUUUGUCCUGCCGAAUCGUUCAUCAGGCCAGAUUUUAUCGAGAAUUUGAAGAAAAUUCUGGAACCGACAGGAAUUGUAGUACUGAACAUUUUGCCACACGAAGACGUUUUGGAUCAAGUCGAUAAGAUUGUGCAUGUAUACCAGAAGCAUUUUCCAACAUGUGCUGUUACUCCACUGCUUCGUGAAAUGAACACAAUACUUGCGUGUCAAAUUCUGCAGCACGAUGAUGCAUAUACCAGUCAGCGUUUGAUGUCUCAGAGAUUUCAAGAGGCUUGGAGUUAUUUUGGCUUCCUUCAACAGUUUGGUGUCGUGAAAUUGUCCUUUAUAAACGGUAAUCCGGAUCCGUUCCAAUAA